AUGGAGUCUGGUGAUCAGCAAAUUCCAGAUAAUCCAGGCGAUCAGCAAGUUACAAGCCAAGUAGCUGCAGCAAAGUCCUAUGAGUGUACUUUCUGCAGAAGGGGGUUUUCUAAUGCACAAGCUCUAGGAGGGCACAUGAAUAUUCACAGAAAAGAUAAAGCCAAGCUCAAGCAAGUCUCCUCAUCAUCACAUAUUGUUGAAACCAAACAACAACAAAGAGUGCCUUUGGAGAUCCCACAGAUGCCACACUCUUACUCUCCAAUACUUCCCAAGAUUAAUCGCAGAACCACUUCUGUGGAAGCCAUGAAUAUGCCUGAUUCUGAUCAUAUCGAAAAAACUACUACACCAAUAAGGGGUUCAUCAUGGCCGGCAGAUUGGUUUCUCAGUGAUAAAGAAGGUGAUAAUCAACUAGGCCAUCUUGCCCAAGUCCAACAACUACCACUGCUUUCUCAAGCAUCAUCAGAUCAAGAUCAUCAAAAUCAAGGGGGACAACAACAACAACAACAACAACUAGAAGAUUAUGAGGAUCAAAGAGAAAAGGGUUCAGAUUUAGAUCUUGAGCUUAGACUAGGCCCUGAGCCUCAAGAGUCCUCAUCAAAGUAUGCAAAAGCUACUACGAGAAAAUUCUUUUGA